CAUGAACUAUCAGAGUACAUUCCUCCAAAUUACUUAGUAAUAUCUCCUCCUCUUUCCCGUUAAAAAAGCAGUCAUGGUUUCCGAUUUGACCAUCAAGAUAUUGUCAAUCCUUGCUCUUGCACUUGCCUUAUGUGUCCAGGCAGACCAAGCUACUACAGGAGUGACAUGCGAAGAUCUUGACCAAGACGUCUGCGCCUUUGCGGUAUCAUCCUCCGGUAAGCGCUGCGUGCUGGAGAAGCACGUCAAGAGGACCGGACAAGAAGCUUACACUUGCCGGACGUCGGAGAUCGAGGCUGACAAGAUCAAGAACUGGAUCGAAACCGACGAAUGCAUCAAAGCCUGUGGUCUCGACCGAGAAUCCUUCGGAAUCUCGUCAGACUCUCUCCUCGAGUCUCACUUCACCGAAAAGCUAUGCUCCCCUCAGUGCUACGACAGCUGCCCCAACGUCGUCGACCUUUACUUCAACCUUGCAGCCGGUGAAGGAGUUUUCCUUCCAAAACUAUGCGAAGCGCAAGGUGGAAAUGUACGAAGAGGAAUGGCUGAGAUUCGCAGCUCGGGUUUGGUUGCACCGGGACCAAUAUCACCAGCAAAGUUGAUGGCUGCUCCAGCAAUGGCUCCUUACUAGCUAAUUGGUUGGGAUGAAGUUUUAAGUGUUUAGAACUUUAGAUGAUAAUAAAGAAGUUGCAGCAAAAGGGUAUCAUGUUCAGGCAACAUUUGCUGCUUGAUUUUUUUAUUUUUUUUUUCCUAGUUUGUCGGUGGACAUACUCUUCAUGACGUACGACGUUUGUGUCGUGAAGUGAAUCGUACCCUGUUUGCUCAUUGUAAUAGUACUACUGGGUAUCAAUAUAAUCAAAUUAUAAAA